AUGAUUGACUGUGGUCCAGGCUUGAGUCACUCGACAAGCCGCGUUACCUCGGACCGAGAACGUGACAAACGUGGUCAAUCUCCGGCCACAGCAAUCAAAAUGUAUAUGACGGAGAGAAGCCACAGUAACUCGCCGGCCAUGCUCGACCCAAGAAGAAGCCAUAGCCGAAGUCCAUCGUACCAGGUACCGAGUCGGAAAGAAAGCAAAAAAAGUCGUCGGUACACGCCACCUGAACCACCUCAUCCUCAUCACCAACAGGGGCCACCACCUGAGCCUAGCCAACAACCAAGAUCAUCUUCGGAUCGCGACCGUCUGGAUCGACAUGAGAGACCUCCACAUUAUGUAGAUGCGUCUCCUCCCCGAAGGUACUGUGAUCCUCCUAAAGCUUAUGCUGAAGUUCCAAGGGCUUCUUCCUAUAUUGAACCCCCGAGGGCCUACGCGGAAAUUCCGUCCCCACCCAUAAGGAUCGAUAGAGGUUAUAGUCGAAGUCCUCCGUAUCAUCACCGAGGGGAAGGCCGUGAACAUGCCGUAGCACAGGUAUCUGGUCGACGAAGUCGCAAUAGAAAGAGAAAUCACAGAGCUUUUCCUUCUCCUGAACCCCCUCCAAGGGCUUAUGCCGACAAUCGUGGUUACGCGGACACUCCGAGGGCCUAUGCCGACCCUCCAAGGGCUUAUGCUGCAGAAAGACCGGCAUCUUUCGGGUAUCACAACCAAAGAGGUGGAAGUCCAGUGUCUCCUCCUGUAAGGAAACGGUACAGAUCUCGCUCACCUAGUCCAUACCGAGCCAGGAGAGAAGACAGUUCACCCCGGUAA